AUGAUCUCUGCUCGUGCUUUCGUGGCGCCCUCCCGCCAAUGCCUGCGGGGACUGCGAACUGUUUCUGCUCAAACCUCUCCAUUUGCACAGGCUCGUGGAUAUGCUAGCCGUGUUGGCGCAUUCAAGGGACAGAAGGGCUCAGAUGGCAACUACACUGUUACUUUGAUUGAAGGUGAUGGUAUUGGGCCUGAGAUCUCUCAGUCCGUCAAGGAUAUUUUUGCUGCGGCAAAGGUCCCUAUCAAAUGGGAACCCGUUGAUGUCACACCCAUUCUCAAGGAUGGACGAACCACAAUCCCAGAUGAGGCUAUCAAGAGUGUGCAAAAGAACUACGUUGCUUUGAAGGGUCCUCUUGCGACCCCCGUUGGAAAGGGACAUGUUUCAUUGAACUUGACUCUUCGCCGUACUUUCAACCUCUUCGCCAACUUGCGACCAUGCCGCUCUGUUGCUGGAUACAAGACCCCAUACGACAACGUCGACACUGUGUUGAUCCGUGAGAACACGGAGGGUGAAUACUCCGGCAUUGAGCACGUUGUUGUUGACGGUGUUGUUCAAAGUAUUAAGCUUAUCACUCGGGAAGCUUCUGAGCGUGUCUUGCGCUUCGCUUUCCAACACGCUCAGUCUUCUGGAAAGAAGAAGGUUCGCGUCGUCCACAAAGCCACCAUUAUGAAGAUGUCCGACGGUCUCUUCUUGAACACUGCCCGCGACGUUGCUAAGGAGUUCCCCGACGUCGAAUUCGAUGCCGAACUUCUUGACAACACCUGCUUGAAGAUGGUCACCGACCCUACACCAUACAACGACAAGGUCCUUGUCAUGCCCAACCUUUACGGUGACAUUUUGUCCGAUAUGUGCGCUGGUCUCAUCGGUGGUCUCGGUCUUACUCCCUCCGGGAACAUCGGAGACGAAUGCUCCAUCUUCGAAGCUGUCCACGGUUCUGCCCCCGAUAUUGCCGGCAAGGGUCUCGCUAACCCCACUGCUCUCUUGUUGAGCUCUAUCAUGAUGUUGCAACACAUGGGUCUUAACGAGCACGCUGAACGCAUCCAGAAGGCUGCUUUCGAUACCCUUGCUGAGGGAAAGACUCUCACUGGUGAUCUCGGAGGCACUGCCAAGACCCACGAAUAUGCUGGUGCCAUCAUCAAGCGCCUAUAA